GCCCGGGGAGGGGCUGGGCCGGGUCCCUGGCUGCCCGGCCGUGGCAGGAUGUUCACGUCCAAGUCCAACUCGGUGUCGCCCUCACCGUCCCUGGAGCAGGCUGACUCGGACGCCCUGGACAUCAGCACCAAAGUGCAGCUCUAUGGAGUGCUGUGGAAGCGGCCCUUCGGGAGGCAGUCGGCCAAGUGGUCCCGCCGAUUUUUCAUCAUCAAAGAGAGCUUUCUUCUUUACUACUCUGAGAGCGAAAAAAAGAGCUUUGAAAGCAAUAAAUACUUCAAUAUACACCCUAAGGGUGUCAUCCCUCUGGGAGGCUGCCUGGUGGAGGCCAGGGAAGAGCCCAGCAUGCCCUACGCCAUGAAAAUCUCCCACCAGGACUUCCACGGGAACGUCCUGCUGGCAGCCGAGUCUGAGUUUGAGCAGACCCAGUGGCUGGAGAUGCUGCAGGAGUCGGGGAAGGUGACUUGGAAGAACGCCCAGCUGGGAGAAGCCAUGAUCAAAAGCCUGGAGGCCCAGGGCCUGCAGUUGGCCAAGGAGAAGCAGGAGUAUUUAGACAAACUGAUGGAAGAGACCGAAGAACUCUGCCUGCAGAGGGAGCAGAGAGAGGAGCUUGAACGCCUUAACCAGGUGCUGGAGGCCGAGAAGCAGCAGUUUGAGGAGGUGGUGCAGGAGCUGAGAAUGGAACAGGAGCAGAUCAAGAGGGAGCUAGAACUAACGGCAAGAUGCCUCAAGGGUGUGGAGCAAGAGAAAAAGGAGCUGAGGCACCUCACCGAGUCCUUGCAGCAGACACUGGAGGAACUCUCCAUAGAGAAGAAGAAAACCCUGGAAAUGCUGGAGGAGAAUGAGAACCAGCUGCAGACACUGGCCAAUCAGAGUGAGCAGCCCCCUCCCAGCGGCGGUCUCCAUAGCAACCUCAGGCAAAUUGAGGAGAAGAUGCAACAACUCUUGGAGGAGAAGCUCUUGGCAGAGAAGCGGAUGAAGGAGAAUGAGGCGCGCUCACGGGCUCUGGAGGAGGAGCGGGAGUUCUACUCCACCCAGUCCCAGGCGCUGCAGAACUCGCUGCAGGAACUGACGGCAGAGAAGCAGCAGGCUGAGCGGGAGCUCAAGGCUGAGGUGAAGGUCCGCAUGGAUUUGGAGAAGCGCCUCCGGGAGGCAGAGGGGGCCCUGCGGAGCCUGGAACAAGGGCUCAACUCCAAGGUGCGGAACAAGGAGAAGGAGGACAGGAUGCGUGCUGACGUGAGCCACCUGAAAAGGUUCUUUGAGGAGUGCAUCCGGAACGCGGAGCUGGAGGCCAAGAUGCCGGUCAUCAUGAAGAACUCCGUGUACAUCCACAAGGCGGCCACUCGCCGCAUCAAGAGCUGCCGCUUCCACCGGCGCCGGUCCAGCACCUCCUGGAACGACAUGAAGCCUACUGUCUCCCCAGUGAAGCCGUCCCAGUCCUUCAUGACCUCCCAGCUGGAAGCCAACAACAUGGAGGAACUGAAAGAGGUGGCCAAGCGGCUCAGCCGAGACCAGCGCUUCCGGGAGUCCAUCUACCACAUCAUGGCGACCCAGCCUGGGGCUGCCUCUGCACUUCCCCGGGGUGGAAAGUGAUGGGUGCUCUCCCCUGCCUCCCAGUGUUUCCUGGUGCUCCCCGCCCCACAGGGCAGCAGGGGGAGGCCUGACUGUACCUGGCUCCCCUCUGCUCUCCUCUGGGUCAGAGUUCCACCUGGAGGCCAGCCUCACCCUCAAAGGACAUGGACCCCACCUCUCGCCCCCACCCAGGCCCUUACUUGGGGUCUGCACCAGGUCCAUGCAAGCCCAACUGGGUGCUGCCUGGUCAUUAUGGUGGGUGAGGUGAGGAAGGGGCCUGGUUGUAAAGACAUUUUUUUGGCUGGGGAGUGAGUGGGCAGGGCCCACAGCCUCUCUCAUGCCCAGGAUACCUCUCUGUGACUCUGCCACAUGCCCCUUGUGUAGAAAGGCCUCCCUUGCUUCCCCAGGACUAACCCUCUCAUUGCUUCUGAGUCACAGACAUCCCUUAGCGAAGACACUGCUGCCCCAUUGUGGGGUGGGGAAGAUCAGGAUCUAGCCCAGCAGCAUGUUUGCAUGGCGCACCGCACUCCACUCGCUAUGCCAGCGCCUUUCCUGGGGUUGGUUGGUUCCUGGCUGUGGGACUACCUGUCAUUCAUUGCUCACUCCCCUCCUCAGGUGAGCCCAACACCUGAGCUUCAGCAUCCUUCCAGAGUUAUGUGAUCCCCCACUUCCACCCUUGCCCCUUCUCUAUACAUGCUCAGGGCCCUGGCAGAAGCUGGGCUUAGCACUGUGAAGAAUUCUACACGUAGCAAGUUCAGGGGGUGGAAGAAGGUGGCCUUGGCUCCUGCCUUAUCUGCUCCUGCUUGGGUAGGGAGGCAGCUGCCUCUGUUGCCAGUGGCCUUGCAGGUCCAUGGAAUCACGGAUGCCUCCCUCCCAGCUGCCUCACCCUGCUGCCUCCUCGCCCUCAAGAGGCUUCACCCAGUGCAAUGUGACCACAAGCCCUGGAAGACAGGGGGCCCAGGCCUGUGAUAAGGCCAGUAGCCUUUGUUACUCCCUUGUCAUUGGGUAAAGUUGAAAGGCCUAUGCCCAGCUUUUGUGGAACUCUGCCACCCUCCAGAGGGCUGUGGGGUGUUCCCUUCACCCUGGACAGAUGCUCUUCUCCUUCCACGCUCAAAGCUGCCUGGGUCUGUUGGCCUCUCCAGAAAAAGGAUCAAGGUGCUCAGGGACACUGGUGGUAUUAAAGGUGCUGAUUUUCUGCUGCUUGGAAAACCAAAUAGGAAGCCCAGUCUGAGCAAUGGACGGAUAGCUCCAGGCACGUCUGAGUAGAGGCUCAGGCCCCUGGGCGCCAGCAGUCUGCUCUGUGGGAGAAGGAGUUUUGCAGACAAGAAAAGUGUGUCUACGCUAGGCUCGCCAAGGCCGGGCCUGCUGCCCUGCUCAGUUCAGGGUUGCCUGCUGAGACUAGCUCAACAGUCCCUUUUCGGCGGUGGGUGGGCUUUGAUGACUUCAAUCAGUCUCUGCAUGAUCUAGGUGGGCAUAGGGCAGAGGCUUCCAGGGCAAUGCAUCUAAAAGGGCUGAGCCUAAGGUAAAAGCUUUAAACAUAUAGAAGCCUGCAUAAACCUGGAACUCGUUUCUCUAAUGUGUAUGUAGGAUGGGGUGAAAUGACAGGAGGAAGAUGUGUAAAACCAAGAUGUUAUAUUUUGUUGUUUUUAAAGAAUUAGUAGUGGUUUGAUCUUGGAGGAAGGUCUUUGGAAAUUUUCAAAUGAAUUUCCCCCCUUGGGCAAGUUAUUAACUAGAAAGAAAAGUGCUUUCCCAUAUCACAUUCACCUGUUCCUGGUUCCUUUCCUCCCAUUUCACCCUAUGUUCUCCAUACUUCAGGUCAGCCUGGGUUAUCAUCAACCAACUGAUCAAUUCUUAAGUAUUUGUUAAAACCUCAACUACGUACCGAUCCCUGUAAGUAGGAAAAGAGCAAUGUAUCUACGUGAAAAUAUGUAGGAGUGGAAAUUACUUACUGGAAAUAUAUAGCUCUGCUUUAAAAAAAUAUAUCAAAAUCAAACCCUCAUUCCUUGGCCAAUUAAAUGUAUUUCCUGCAGCACCGCUUGUGGUGUGGUCAUUGCUGGAGAGAUGUUGCCCCCUGGAGGCCUAACGUGGAGUUACAGGAUUUGCCCGCUCUUCUGAGGAAGCACUCCCCUGGGCUGCACCUCCUUUGAGAGGCUUCUUAAUAAUUAACUAAAAAAUCUGUGUUCCCACCCUGAAGUUCUGGCUGUCUCCAUGUAACAGGAAAUAUCAAUGAGAUUUUCUUCUGAUCUGAGCUUGCAUCAAAGAGGCAGAGUAACUAUGAGUGGGACUAGCCUCAGUGAGACAAAGGGUAGUCAUACAGGUUGCUAGUUUCAGUAUCACUGCCAGAAAUUGAGUUUCCAUUGCUCUGAUGAGAAGAGGUUUAUACUUUUGUUUUUUAGUCAUAGGAGAGGGAGCAGCUGUAAUGACUGGAUUCUCCUCCUAUUUGGCUUGUUUCCUCACUGGGGAUGAUUUAUCACUAUGCCCAGGAUUCCCAUUUGUGCUGUUUCCCAGCUUGGUUAUUAAUGGCUUCCCCUUUGCUACCACAGGUGUCCCAGUUUGGAUGAUUGUUAUGUGGUUGUCCUGGUUGUAAUGCUUUCUCUCAAAGAUAUAUUAAUGUUUGGAGCAAGAGAUCUGUAAAAAAAAAACACUGGGGUUCUGGCCCACUCCCAAGCUCCCAGCCCCUGGGAAGGAUCCACUGUCCAGGUGGAUCUGGAGAAACGGCCCCCAUCCAUCCUAUGCCACCGAACUCAGCAUGACCUACAGCCUGUGGGUGCUCAGGGACCAUCCAAGUGAAUCUGAAGCCUGUGACUAAUGAUGGAAGAAAACAGGAACUUGUUCCUGUCCCAGGGAGCCAGCCCAGGAUGUAUCUGAUUUAACUGGAAGGUAGUUAUUAGAACUACCAAAGGAGCUACCUGGUGCCAUCAAAUAAAGCCUAGGAGUCCCUCAGAAACUUUGGGUUUCUAUGAUCAGCCAGGCUGAAGCUGCUUGCACCCCAAUACCAACUCCCAGUGCUCCCCAAAGCAAAAACCCUGUGAUGGUUUCUUCUAUCUCACUCCACCCUUGGUGAUCAGGGAUAAAGAGUACUCUUUGCAAGGUUUAGGGAGAGGAAACAGUGGUUGUUCUCGCCACUUGGAAAGAGGGUCCUCAGACAUUCAAAACAUCUGGGAGCAACUGGUUAUUCAGCUUCCAAGUGAGUGUGGAUGGUUGCACUGUAACUUCUUAGCUUCAUUUCUGACUGCGUUUCCCAUCUCCCCCUCCUUUUCCUAGAUUGGGUUUCACUCAUGCCACCAACUCUUCUGACCCAGAUUUGAGCUUUCUGUCCAUCCUGCUGGGUUCAAGUUUCUUGGGGGAAGUUUGGAAGCACCCCAAACCCAGGAAUUUAGAGAGUUGGGGGGUCUUAAUACACUAAAUCAUCUUGUGGCAAAUUCUACCUGCAAUUGUCAAUAAAUGCUUAAAUA